CUCAUUCCACGCACUCACGCACACACGCACAAGCCAUGGCCUCGUUUUUCCAAAAGGCCAAGGACCGCGCACAGGAGGCUGCGGCCCAGUUCCAGCAGCAGCACCAGUCGGGCGGCUUCACCUACACGGGUGGCAUUCCCCACUACUUUCGCAACGAGGUUGUGGCAACAUACGACCCUCGCUACAAGCACAACCGCUCCUUCCACAAGCUGUCCGGCAAGCUCCACAGCGUCAGCAUCGACCACGAGGCCCUAGCCAGGGAGACAAAGCAGGCGGCCGCAGCCACGUACGAGUGGGGCCAGGACCACAAGCCCGAGAACCGAGAGGACAGCGUGGGCGAUGACGUCUUGACCGAUGUGACCGACCGCCUGGCAUAUGUGCUGUCAAUGGUUGGCGAUCUGCACCACGAGCACGGCAAGAGGCUCGAAGCAUCGCGCGCCGAUUUCAAGGCCAUCCAGAAGCUCGAGACCGAGCUCGCAGAGGGGCGACAGACGCGCAUCAGGAUCCACCGCGAGCUCAUGACGCUGAUCCCCGAACGGACAAAGGGCAACUCGGCCAAGGUCAAGCCGCUGGAGGAGCAGUUGGACAAGUCGGAAAAGGACGACGCGGCAAAGGAGGAGGAGCUGGGCAAGCUCAAGCGCCAGUGCCUCCAGUCGAGCUACACGGCACACUUCGACAGCCUCAUCGAGCUGGGAGACAAGCUGGCACUCGUGGCAAAGUACGGCAAGCUGCUGACGAGCCAGAUACCUGUCGUCGAGCCGCCGUUUCCCAGUAAGCGCGUUCACAAGGGCGAAGAGAGCUGGCCAGGCGCGCCCCAGAUUGCAGCCAUCCGAGCGGCGGUGGAGCCAGCCGUGAAGGCGCACCAGUCCGACAAGACGUUGCCUCCCCUCCCCUCCGUUGCGGCAAAGCACCAAGGCGACGAUGCCGCAUCUAGCGAUACCCUGUCCUAUGCCGAGAGCCACGCCGCAGAGCUGGCUGAGUCGACAAAGGAGGACGAGCAGGCCGACAAGAUGGCCACCGAGGCGACUUUGGCUUCUUCUGCAGGACCAGCCCCGGCCAGAAGGACGUCGGGCGAUCGGCGACCCAGCGACUCACUCUCGCCGCUCCCCGAGGGAGGGUCCUUACCUCCCAACCUCAACAUGAAUCCGGUCCUCUCUCCCUCGUCGCCGCCCGUACUUCCUCCCCGGACCAGCGGCUCCCAGCUUUCCUCACACCAAGAGAAUCCGUUCAGUGAGGAAGAAGAGGCUGACGAGGGACCGACCUUUGCGGAGACGGGCCAGCCCAUUCUCAGCUCGGAUGACCCUGGUCCCAAGACGGGCACGCUGAGCCCACGGCGCAAGCCCGUCGCUCCCACGACUUCCUCCCUGGCAGAAGCAGGUGUGCCACCACCACCGACGAGCUCGGCGGCCAGUAGCAAAGAGGCUGAAGCGAUGGCUGAGAGGCUCGCCAACGAGCGGGCAGAAGUGGCUGCCGGCGCUGUCCAAGCAAGGUUGCGCAGAAACGGGACUGUCGUCCGAAGGGGCGAUUCCGACUGGGACCAGGCGCAGGCCGAAGACCUGCCGCCGUACGCAGAGUAGCCGUUGUAACGAGGUCUCUCUACCCUAGCUAUUGAGAAGUUAUGUUUCUUUCUGUCAACAAAUGAUACACCCCUUUCUCUUCUCUUCUCUUCAAUGCAAUGUAGUUGACAGUCA